GCAUUUGAGCUUCCGGUGAAAGGCGAAGGUCGAACACUCAACAGUAGAAGAGUGAUCCGUUAUAUUUGAGACGAUGUUGUCGGCAGUCUGCAAGUCUUUAGUUUCUUCUACGGCUCGACAGCUCCGGGCUUUCCAUCGGCCGGCAGCUGCUUGCAGUGAUAAAUUGUUUGUGCACCGAGAUGAGCCAAACAACAAUUCUGAAACUCCUUUCGAGUUCAGUGCAGAAAAUAUAAAGCGCAGCGAAGUGAUCAUUGCCAAUUACCCCAAGGGCCAUGAGGCUGCAGCAUGCAUCCCUUUGUUGGAUCUGGCUCAGCGGCAGAAUGAUGGGUGGUUGCCCAUCUCAGCCAUGCAUAGAGUAGCUGAAAUGCUUAAGAUGCCAAGGAUGCGGGUGUAUGAAGUGGCCACAUUCUACACGAUGUUCAACAGAGAGCCAGUGGGGAAAUAUUUCGUCCAGAUCUGUACCACAACGCCCUGCAUGUUGGGAGGUGUUGGCUCUGACGUUAUUCUGGAAGCCAUCAAGGAGAAUCUAGGUAUUGGAGUAGGCCACACCACUGAUGAUAACAUGUUCACGCUAGCUGAGGUGGAGUGUCUUGGAGCAUGCGUCAAUGCCCCCAUGGUGCAGAUUAAUGAUGACUAUUAUGAGGACUUAACUGUGGACGAUAUGCAUAGAAUUCUCAAUGAUAUCAAAGCUGGAAAGAAACCAAAGGCUGGACCACAGAGCGGCCAGAACUUUAGAUUUGCCUCAGAACCCAAGACAGGCUUGACGUCCCUGACGGAACCCCCGACUGGACCAGGCUUUGGAGUGAGGGCAGACUUGUAGGGCUGAGCUGGCCGCAGACUGUGGCUUUAUUUGCUGCCUGAGCUGAUCGACUGGCAUUCUUGAGGGGAGAGGGGGGGGGGGAUAUGCUGAUGUAGUAAUAAGAGGUUGACAUUUAAGGCCUACGCUGACAAGGGAUACCAUGUUAAAUGAGCGUUUGCAUCCUCCCAAGCUACCUGCAUGUGGAAAAGUGAUGGUAGACAAGAUGCCAAAUGGUGGUGCAGAUUGGGAGGUAAAUCUGAGUGUACAUCAUUGUAACUAUGGAUGUGGUUACAUUAUUUUGGAAGAGGGUCUGUUGUGAAUCUUUCUUUUGAGAUCAGGAGGCAGUUUCAGUUUGGACUGACACUCUGUAUAUAUAAUAGGUAGUGUGGAUGUUGCGACAGGCUGAAAAUGAUUGUCUUAAUAAACAUGUUUAGAGUACCAAAUCA